CUUCGAUAUGGGCGCAAGCAACAGCAAGCCUCAAACCGUGCAAAUGUCCAAUACUUCACCAUUUCAAAUAAGCCGGGAAGUUUUGGAGCGCGUCGAGAGUGUGACCAAACCGGAGAAAGUCGCAAAUCCAGCCCUUGUCUGUGAGAAUUGUAGCCGGACAGCAACAGCAACAACAAAAGCUGAAAAAUCAUCACAGGUGCAGCAGUUGCAUCAACAGCCGAUAGAUGUCGCUUCAUCAUGGGCACGACGCUCAACGGAAAUUGAAGAGCUGCAAUUUAGCAAGACAUUGGAUCGUGUGCACAAUUUAUUUGGUCAGCCAGUUAAAUGGGCCAAGGCAAAUGAGUGCUCAGCCGAUAUUGAGCUAAUGGAACAACAAUUAAUCACCUGUUAUCGACAAUAUGGCAGUGAGCCGCUCAAAUGUGCCGCAUUGGCCAAUACGUAUCACACAUUUGUAUUUAAUAAGCAAGUUGCAGCUGUUCAAAAUACCAAGCAAGAUGGCAAGGAUUUGAAGGGAGCGGGAACGGAAACGGCAACAACUGCUGAGAACUGAUGUCUUUCCAAUAAUAUGCUUAUUAUUCAUAUGAAUAUUCAUAGCUCGCGCCUCCAAAAACCUAUUUAAAUAUAACGGACAGAGUUGUAAUGCGAGCUCUACAUUGCCAUCACUUACCACACACACACACACCCACAAACACAGACACACACACUGACCGUUUGUCAGGCAAUGGAAUAUUUAAUGAAAAAUACACAAGAGACAACAACUAAAACGAGUAACAGAAAAUCUUUUAGGCCAAUAUCUUUGUUACAAUUAUAUUCUUUAAAUAAAUAUACACCUUGUAGCAAUGUCUGACGUAUGAAA